AGCUUCCCACUCUUCUGGUUGAGCUAUUUAAGCAGCCUCUCUGUGCCUGCCUCUGCUCUGGGCAUGGGGACUGGAGGGAGCUGCACACACAGCCGUAGAAUGGGGGUACGUGGAGCCUAGGGUGCAGGAUGGGGAAGAUCUGAGCUGCCCCUCCUAGCUCCCUAAAGGGCAGGUGAGACCCCCACCUCUAGACAGAGACUUUUGAGUGCUAGGUGGGUGACAGAAGCACAAGAGUUUAGCAUCUAGGAGAGUGACAGCCACUAAAUAGGUCAUUUCAAUACUGAAGAUUUAAUUAAUGGAGCUAAGUGAUCUGAGAGAGAAGUUUAGGGAGGAACAAGGUGGUGAUUCUUGUGGGUCAGGGAAGGCUUCCCAGAGGAGGUGGUGCCUGCGAGAUCAGAUGGAAUGAGAAGGGUAACUGUAAAGACUGGUUUCAACCUAAGAGCAGCAUGCAGUUUAUACAGGGUUUAACCAGGGAAAGAGUGUGACCAGAUCUCCAAUCUAGAAAAGAGGCCCCUCUCUGCAGGGCAGAGUGUAGCCUGAGGUGGAAGGUGAGGGGCAGGAAGUGUGGGGAAACCAGAGAGGCCAGUGCAGUAUCCAGGAGAAAGAGGAUGCUAGCUGAAACAAGCAGUAAUUAGGAGAAAGAAGUGGAUAAAGGGUCAUUUGGGAUGUGAAAUAAGGCUUAGCCAUGGGUACAGCCCAGCAUGCCUAUGAGCCACCAGAUGGACACCUACAGUGCCCCUCUUGAGAGAGGCAAGACAGCACCCGAGACAUGGAAGACGGAAGGAUCAGCAUCAUCUUGGCCUCGGUGUUUGAGGUUUUAGGAAGAAGGCAAAGGUAGCAAAAGAGAGGCAGGAGUUGGGAGAAUGACAAAUGGCAGCCAUGACUGAUGCUGUUGGAAGUCCACUAACAAUGAGAACAGAGACCUGGUCAAUGUGACAGCCUCAGGGCAUUGGGACCUGAGGUUAGAGUUGGGGUCAGGGUAGGCAGAGUUCGGGGCUCAGGCUGGACAGUGGCCAGAGAGGAGGGAUCUGUCCCUCUGUUCAGACAGAGGGCCCAGGAGCAGCAUGGAGAGCCAGGCAAGGGGCAUCUCCCCCUUCCCAAGCUGCCUAGGACCAGAGCUGAAGGUGAAAGUGAAAGAGAAGAUGCAGAAAAAAGGGGCUGGCAUGCUCUGAGUGAAGGUGAAAGCGAAAGGAGGAAGCUCAGUAGUGCAGCCCGAGAAAAGUCAAGGCUUCGGCCUUCCUCCCUCCGUGUUGAUCCCACUCCUCUGACCCCUUGCCCACCUGGAGAUGCAGAAGACAGCGCUAGAACCCCAAAAGGGCUUCUCCUUCGAAAACUGCGAGAGAAACGCAGCCUUGGAACGCUCCCUCCCGGGGCUCCGUGUCCCUCAUGCACGCAAGACCGGAACCACCAUCGCAGGCCUCGUGUUCCGAGACGGGGUCAUCCUGGGCGCGGAUACGCGGGCCACUAACGAUUCGAUCGUGGCGUACCAGAGCUGCGAAAAGAUCCACUUCAUCGCCCCUAAAAUCUACUGCUGUGGGGCCGGAGUAGCCGCGGACGCAGAGAUGACCACGCGGAUGGUGGCGUCCAACAUGGAGCUACACGCGCUGUCCACAGGCCGCGAGACCCGCGUGGCCACCGUCACCCGCGCGUUGCGCCAGACGCUCUUCCGGUACCGGGGCUACGUGGGCGCCUCGCUGAUUGUGGGCGGCGUAGACUUCACCGGACCGCAGCUCUACUGCGUGCACCCCCACGGCUCCUACAGCCGUCUGCCCUUCACGGCCCUGGGCUCCGGCCAGGAUGCGGCCCUGGCAGUGCUGGAGGACCGGUUCCAGCCGAACAUGACGCUGGAGGCAGCGCAGGAGCUGCUGGUGGAAGCCAUCUCUGCAGGGAUCCUGGGCGACUUGGGCUCUGGGGGCAGUGUGGAUGCAUGUGUGAUCACUGGGACCAGCGCCAAGCUGCUGCGAACACUGAGCUCUCCCACAGAGCCUAUAGAGAGGUCCAGCCAGUACCCCUUUGCCCCUGGGACCACAGCUGUCCUGUCGGAGACAGUGAUGCCGCUGACCCUGGAGCUGCUGGAAGAAACUGUGCAGGCCAUGGAUGUGGAGUGAAGUAGGCUGAGGCUUAGAGCUUGGAACAAGGAGGAAUAAACCCAGAAAACACAAA